AUGUUUUAUAAAAACAAAAAAAAGAAAGGUAAGAGAGGACGAAAAGGCAAGUUGAGGGAUAUAAAUAAUGAUAUUAUGGAACAGCUACUCUAUAAGGAAGCCGGAGUUGAUCAAAGUUUCAGUGAAUCGAGCAAUGACGAAACAGAAUCUCAAAUGGAUUCUGAAUCAUCCCAAACAUCGAUGCAAUUAGGAUUCAAAACAGCAAUGUUUAUUUUAGAGGAGAUGAUAAUUAAUUCAAGCUCUUCUUGCUCCAAACAACAUACAACGUUUUGCCUCAAUGACAAUUCCGCAAGUGGAACUGCUCCAGGCGAAACUCAUAGCACUAAUACUCCCGAUAACCUAAAUAAUAAUAGUGUUUUGGGAAUAUGUGACUUAGAGUUGUCGAAUAUUGCGCCAUCGACAACGUUGACAUUGGAGACAGAAGAAGAGGAAAAGAGAUCCAAAGAAAGUCAUUCUACAAAUACUGAAUUACUCAAACAGUAA